UGACACCCUAGGACUCGAAACACUGCAUUUACAGAGACGCUGCACAUCUUACUCAGGACCCUCUCUCGGAUUUUUCUCUCAGUGAAACGAUGUCUUCGGUUGGAGAAGCUGCUUGCUCCUACGCUGCUCUUAUUCUCUAUGAUGAUGGCAUCCCCAUCACCGCUGAGAAAAUUUCAACACUAGUGAAAGCUGCAAAUGUCCCUGUUGAAUCUUACUGGCCGGGCUUGUUUGCAAAGCUUUUUGAGAAGUGCAACAUUGAGGAUCUCAUAACCAAUGUUGGAGCUGGCGGUGGUGGCGCUCCGGUUGCCGCAGGUGCACCUAUUGCUGCUGGAGAUGGAGCUGGUGCUGCUGCUCCACCUCCCACCGAGGAAAAGAAGAAAGAAGAGCCGGAGGAGGAUGUUAGGAAAAUAAACCGAGUACAAAAAGACCGGAUAAAAGAUAUCUCAUUGUAUGGCUUUGUCCUGGAAUGA